UGGUUACGUCUAAAGGCGUCACCUCCCCCCCUCCUUUCUCAUGAGCUUUUCAAAAUCUGAAACAAGAUGCAGCUGAGCUAUGCUGGAGCAGUUUGUAGCUGAAGAGAGCCGAGAGGAUACGGCUCACGCCGAGUCCCAACUAAAAAUUCAAGGAGGGCGGAAAUUCGUAAACUGGGGUCCGGAUGCUAAAGUGUAGCUAAUUAUAUGAAAUCUUAGUAAAUAAUUUAGUCUGGUCUAUAAAUAAAAAACUUUUUGCCGCAUUUACCAAAUGCUUGAGUAGUCCACUCUUGUGCCCGUGAAAAGAGGAAGGGCAUCUCUACAGUCCGGAACGUUGUUGGCUGGGGGCUGUGCUAUGGGAUGGACGAGGCCCAGCAGGACCAGUAUGAGCUGCAGCUGAGAGAAGUCUUCCAGAGUUUCGAUGCCACCGGGCGGGGCUCCCUGUGCCGGCAGGAGCUCUCGGACCUGUGCCAGACCCUGCACCUGGAGGAGGCCACGCCCACUCUGCUCCGCACACUGCUGCGGGACCAGGACAGCGCCAACGGCAGGGUUGAUUUCCAGCAGUUCAAGGACGCGCUUAUUCUCGUGCUGUCGUCUGGAGCAGGAGAGCCCGUGACAGGCCAAGACACCACCUCGCCGCCAGACUCCCCGGAGGCGCGGCCCAAGUUCGUGAAGGACGGCAAACGCUACGGCCGGAGGUCGGUCCCAGAGUCCCACGACUCCGUCACCGGGUUCUCCGAGGUGCCCGACUCCGACCCGGCGGGACAGGACCACGAGGAGGCGGAGAACCCCGCGGUGCCCCCCCGAAAACGAGAGCGCUGGAACGCUCAUGCCGACGGCACAGAGGAGUAUGAAGCUGAAGGUCAGCUGCACUUUUGGAACCCCGAUGAGCCGGGCACCCCCAGGGGGGCGGCGAUGCCCCUGUCGGAGAGGCUGGAGGAGAGGCUGUACGGGGCGUGCGAGGACCUGGCGCUGUCCUGGGACGGCCUGGCCAGUCGCAGUGAGCUGCUGUCCGUCUGCGAACAUCUGGGGCUGGAGGUGACGGAGGAAGCGCUCGGGAAUCUGGGCAGCGAUGGGGUGAUGAGCGUGCAGGAUUUCGUGUCCUGGGUUCUGGAGCACUGCAAGCCCCCAACCCCUUCCGCCUCCACCCCUUAUCGACAGCUCAAGAGACACCACUCCACCCAGCCUUUUGACGAAAUGGGGCGCAGGAUCGCCACCCCGUCCGCCAUGACCGGCACCAUCGGCCUGCGCCUCUUCUCCAGCCUGGACGACGGCUCGGGCUUCGCCCCCGUGGAGAACCUUCUGGAUGCCUGGCUGGACGAGGGCAUUGAGAACAGCCCUGAGAUCCUGCAGGCUUUGGACUUCAGCCUGGAUGGGAAGGUGAACCUCGGUGACCUCACCAUCGCCCUGGAGAACGAGCUGCUCAUUACCAAGAACGGCAUCCACCAGGCAGCGCUGGCCAGCUUCAAGGCUGAGAUCCGGCACCUUCUGGAGUGUGUGGACCGCGAACUUCGGGAGAAGGAGAAGAUCCGCUCAGACUUUGAGAAGACGGAGAAGCUGAAGAACCAAAUGGCGACCGAGGUGGACGAGCACCACUCGGCCAUCGAACGAAUGAACGACCUCAACCUCAGGAAACUGGAACAGGAACACAGGGAGAAGCUGGCGGUCGUCAGGACCGAGUUGACCAAAGAAAUGGACCUGAUCCAGCAGCAGGCCAACCAGCAGCGCGAGGAGCAGGAACGCGAGAUGGAGAGGUUGAAGGAGGACGAGGCCUUUCUGAGAGACCACCUCUCACUCACCAUCAAGGAGAAUGGACGCCUGGAGUUAGAACUGCUAGAAGGCACAGAGAAACUGGUAGAGGCAGAGAACACUAUCAACAAACUUCAGAGGAACCUGGACAAUAUCCUCAAGGAGAAGUUCGGGGAUUUGGACCCAGGCAGUGCUGAGUUCUUCCUUCAGGAGGAGCGCCUCAGGCAGCUGCGUAGUCACUACGAAGGCCAGUGCAGGGAGAUGCAGGAUCGUAUCGAUGAGCUGCAGGCUGAGCUGGAGGAGUACCAAACCUUUGGCAGGACUCCUAAUGUCUCCCUCAAGCCUUCGUUGUCGGAAGAGUUUGACAGCAAGAGCCCUGGCAUCGAGUCUGACCAAGGUCUCGGCUCAGAAGACUGCCAGCCCUUCAACAUGACCCUGGAGGCGGAGAUGCUGAUGGAGCAGCUGAAAGCACAGCACCUCCAGCAGGUGGAGAACCUCAGAGCCCAAAUGGAGACCAAGGUCUGUGAACACCAACAGAAGGUAGAGGAGCAGCGGGCAGCUCAUGAAGAGGAGCAGAGGGUGCUGUCCCUCCAGUGCCAGGGGGAGGUGCAGGCCUUGCAGGAGGAGAUGUCCAGGGUCCAGGACCGAGUCCAGGAGCUGCAGAACCAGCUGGACCAGGUGCAGCUGGAGCGGGUGAGGCUGGAGCAGAGCCAGGCGGAGGAGCGGGCAGAGUUGGGGAGGCGGCACCAGGAGGAGAUGAACUCCCUCAGGCAGGAGCUGUUGGAGGCCCAGGCCCAGAUCACCAAGCUGGGAGGCCAGCUGAAGACCCUGGAGGAUCACCAGGCUACAUGUGAGCAGAGCCUGACUGAGGAGUGGGAGGUUCUCCGGAGGCUGCAUGAGGAGCAGCUCACACAGCAGGAGGAGCAUCACCGAGCAGUCCUGCAUGCCAGGCUGGAGGAGGAGAGGGAGAGGAUGCUGGCGGAUAGGGAGGAGGCAGUGAGGCGGCUCGUGGAGCAGUGGGAGAGGGAGAAGGACCAACUGCAGGAGAGCCAUGAAGCGCUGCUUCAGGCCAGGCUAGAGGAGGAGAGGCAGAGGUACCUGGGGGAAAGUGAAGAUCAGGAGAGGAGGCUCAUGGAGCAGUGGGAAAAGGAGAGGCUAGAGCUUAAGGAGCAGCAGGAUGGUGCCUUUCAGGUGAUGCUGGAGGAGGAGCGUCUCAAGCUGCUCAAGGAUCAGGAGCAGCUGGAGAGGAGCCUUUUGGAGAAGUGGGAGAAGGAGAGGGCCCAGCUUGAGGAGAGCCAGGAGAGAUUCUUCCAGACAAGGCUUGCAGAGGAGAGGGUCCGUAUCCAGGAUGAGGUAGAGAAGAGCUUCAUGGACAUUUGGCAGAAUGAGAAAGCUCAGAUUGAGGAGCAUCAUGAGGAAGUCCUCCAAGGCAGAGUAGAGGAGGAGAGGGACAGACUCUUGGGGGAGAGGGAGGUGCAGGAGAAGAGGUUGCUUGAGCAGGUGGAGGAGGAAAGAGCCUGUCUGGAGGAGAGCCACAGGGAAGCCAUGCAGGAGCUGAGCGCCAGACACAGCGAGGAGAGGGAGAGGCUGAGUGGUGCGCUGGACAGACUGCGGGAGGAAAUCGCAUUAGAGAGGAGCGAAGCUGGUCGUCUGGCAGAAGAGAACGUCAUUCUGAGACAGAGCAUCUCCGCGUUGAAGGAAGAGGACCUCCGCAACACCCAAGAAGAAAUGCUGCGAAAACUUGAACACUACAAGAAGGAGAAGUUGACUGCUCAAAGGGUUGCAGAGAACCUAAAGAAGCAGGUGGCAGAACUGCGGGUUCAGGGACAACAGCUGGAGCAGGAGAAUGAGCUCCUGUCACAGAAAAAUACCAAGAAUGCAGCUGAUGUGCAGGAGCUGAACCACCGGCUGUCUGACAUGCUCAGGCAACGUGAGAGGAAGGAGGCAGGCAGAUGCCCAAACCAGCAGGGGGAGCCAGAGAGGGAUGACCUCACCACUGAGUCUGCACAGGAAAGAAGAAAGAUGGAGGCUUGUGUGUUCACCUUGGAAACCAAGUUGUCAAAGGCCCAGGAAGGGAACAGUCUCCUGGAGCAAGAGAAGGUCCAGCUGACACAGGAGCUCUCCUCGCUCAGGGAGCAGCUCUGUGGUGGUAGGGACUUGACUGUGGAUCUAGCCAGUGCCAUGUCCAGAGUGGACAAGCUUCAGAAGGAGAAUGAGACUCUAAGUGGGGAACUGAGUCGCUGUGUGGACAAGAUGGCAAAGCUCGGAACGGUGGAGUGUCAACUCUCUCGCCUGCUGGAAGAGAGGCUGAGCCUGGAGAAGCAGAGUCAGGCUCUCCGUGCCCAGCUCACUACGGCACAAGAGAAGGUCCAGGCUAAGGAGGAGGCCCUACAGACUGUCAACUCGCAGAACGCAAGGCUGAAAUCAGAUCUGCGGGUCACCCAGCAGGAGAAGGAGGCUCUCAAACAGGAAGUGAUGUCGCUGCACAAACAGCUGCAGAAUGCUAACGAUAAGAACCAGGUUCUGGAGAUGGCGUUGCACACAAGCGGGUACCAGACCCAGCACAAAAAACUGUACUGGGAUGAAUUGGCCCGACUGGUGGAACAGGAGCAGCAGUUACUGCGGCAGGAAAACGAGCGGUUGCAGAGGGAGGUCCAGAACACCAAGGGGGACCUUGUCCAUGCUCGGGACAAGACUCGCCAGCUGGAGACCGUGGUUCUGUCUCUGAAACAGCAGAAGCAGCAGGGCCAUUCCAGCCUGGUCAAGGCUGUGGAGCAGGAGAAGGCCGGUCUGAAGCGUGAACUGGACUCACUGCGCAAGGAGCUGGUCAGUGCUAACAGGAAGGUGAGCGAGCAUGGCGAGGUUCAGAGAGAGCUGGAGAACCUGCAGCAGGAGAACGAAGGGCUGAAGAACCGGCAGACCAAUCUGGAGGCGCAGCUGUUGGAGGCUCUCCAGGCCCAGCUGGGGGGCAUGGUUCCGCAAGCACAACUCCGGUUGCCAGGAGAACGGCGAGGACAGCACCGGGGGGACGAGCUGGGCGGCCGUGGCCUGGAGCUCAACCUGCAGGAGGAGCAGGAGGUGAAGCUGAUUAAGAUGGAGGAGCGCAUGCAGGAGGUGGAGCUGAAGCUGCGGAACGUUAAGAUGCUCCUGCAGGAGAAGGUGUCGCAGCUGAAGGAUCAGCUGCACAAGAACACCAAGGCGGACAUGAUGAUUAAGGACCUGUACGUGGAGAACGCCCAGCUGCUCAAGGCCCUGGAGAUGACGGAGCAGCGGCAGAAGGUGGCCGAGAAGAAGAACUACCUGCUGGAGGAGAAGAUUUCCAGUCUCAACAAGAUCGUCCGUGACCUGAGCCCCUCUCCGCUCACCGCCAUGCCGUACCACUUCAGCCGCUCCUGACGAUCCGUGUGAGCGGGCCGCACACGAGCCCCUGAACACGCACUGUCUAACACUGCACACCUGCUAACGCUGCCUACACCUGAACCCUCAUCAACAUUUUCAGACCCCACUGUUUCCAUUGCCAUGUGAUGUUCUACUCCCUCCAAAAAAUCUUUUACUUUUUGGGAACCAUUAUGUAUCUGUGUUGGUGUUGCUGGGACCUUGAUAUCAGCACAACUGCAGCCAGCUGGGUGGGGGGGGAGGUUUCUUUUUUUCUUUGAGAUUACUUUUUUUGUUUUUUUUAAAAACAUUUUGCGAGGGGGUGUGUUUAAAAUGCAAGAAGUUGCACUUGAGACAUUAAUUUAAAGGAAAGCGCUUGUCAUCUUGGUCUGUUGUACCUUUUUCAAACUCCACUGCUAUUUUUCAAUAAGCUUCUCUGCUUACAUGAAUAAUAUUUCAACUAGGAAACCCUGAUGGUAAACUAGACAGUACUUCUAACCAUCCUAUUAGGGCAUAGAUAUUCUCAGAUAUUUUAUAUGUGAGAAUAUAAAUAUACUAUUUACAUCAUGGUUAUGAAUAUUGGGAGUAAAACAGAAUCUGUGACUAUGGCCACGUGGAAACAUUUUCCAAGACCGCUUUCGAUUGAUGAAGGAUGUGUAUUAAGGCUGAGUACAUAUUUAUUUUAUGAAGAUAUGUACACUAACGCAAAUGUUUUACUAAGUUAGUCUAUUGUAUGAAUGGGCACUUCCAAUGACCUAUGAGUGCUUAUGAUUUCUGCCAUUAUCCUUUAAGGUCAUAUGGCACGAUUAUGCUAAUAUGCUUGUGGACAGUGGUUAAAAUGAUUUUUUUCUGAAAACAAAGUCACACAACAUUAAAUAGGGGGUCUUUAAAUGUGAGCAUUUUAUUUUUUUUAACAUUGUAGAAAAUGUCUUGCUAAAUGUGAAAUUGGCAGUGUAGCCAAUUUAUUGUGUAUGUUCUGUGAAACCAAGGUGAAAGAAAUAAGUUGCAUUGCACUUUUUUGUUCAGUGCUACUUACAGAAAAAAAGUUUCUAAGACAAGUGUAUUUUAUACUGCCUAAACAGUGUUCUUGGCUGAUUACAACAAUCGUUUGAAAGCUGCCUCAGACUACGAGGAGAGAAGGAAAACACUACCUUAAGCAAUAUGUAUGAUACUGUGUUUUUGUACUGUAUGUCACUCACCAUAACUUUUAUUAUGUUUAUUUUCUGUGUACAUUGUGUAAACACUGAAGAACUCCAUAUGGUGUACAGAUUGCUCACUGUAAACUGUGAAAACAGGUGUACGAUUGGUGGAUUCACUUAGCAAUAUGAGAUUGCACAAAAGGGGAAUAGGCAAAUGUACUACCUGCAUAUGAAUUAAAUGCUUGUUAUCGAUAACAUUCCAUAAUUUAUGCUUGAACUGAUCAUUGAAAUUGGAUACAAUUUUGAAACCGCACCUGAGUUCUCUAAAAAAACAAAAUUGGGAAAUUUUCAUGCAAUUGUCCUUUUUUUAUUAAAAUAUUUAUUGAAAUAUAAUUGAGUAUGUGACCACAAAAUUAAGGGAAAGUGUUUUGUAGGCUACACACACCAACAGAAUGGCCCUGACACUUUGCUUUUUUAGAAACUACCCAGACUCAUUCAUUAAGUUUUAUUGAAUUGAAUUCCAUAGUCAAAAACUACAUUUCCCAGUAGUCCAGUCUGUCAAUGAAAGGGAAGUGGACUGGACAUUUCUGCUAUUUGGAAGUAAAGUGGCGGUUAUUGUUGUGUAUAGAAGGAAAAAUUUUCUGUAUUGAAGGCCUGGCUUGAGCGAUGUGCUUUAAAGCGGACAGCGCCGAACUAGGAAUGUUGAAUGGAGGAUCACCUAUGACAGACAGAAAUAAAGAUAUUUUGUGAA